AUGUCUAACAAAGUAUACAUUGUCUCCACCGCCAGAACCCCAAUUGGUUCUUUCCAAGGUGCUUUAUCUGCUAAGACUGCUGUUGAAUUAGGUGCAAUAGCUGUUAAAGGUGCUUUUGCAAAGGUUCCAAGUAUUGAUGUUACUAAAGAUGUUGAUGAAAUUUUCUUUGGUAAUGUCUUAACUGCUAACAAUGGUCAAAACCCAGCUAGACAAGUUGCUUUAAAUGCUGGUUUAGACAAUCACAUCGUCGCAACCACUGUCAACAAAGUGUGUGCUUCUGGUAUGAAGAGUAUCAUUUUGGGUUCUCAAACUAUUUUAUGUGGUAAUGCUGAUGUUGUCGUUGUCGGCGGUACCGAAUCUAUGACUAACACUCCAUAUUACAUGCCAGCCGCCAGAGCAGGUGCUAGAUUUGGCGAAACUAAAUUAGUCGAUGGUAUUCAAAGAGAUGGUAUCAACGAUGCUUAUGACAAUAAUGCUAUGGGAGUUCACGCUGAAAAGUGUGCUAAAGACUGGGAAAUCACCAGAGAAGAACAAGAUAACUUUGCUAUCGGUUCUUACCAAAAGGCUCAAAAAGCUACUAACGAAGGUAAAUUCAAAGAUGAAAUUGUACCAGUUACUAUUAAGGGUUUCAGAGGUAAGCCAGAUACCAUCGUUGACAGAGAUGAAGAACCACCAAAAUUAAAUGUUGAAAAAUUAAAGGCUGCUAGAACUGUUUUCCAAAAGGAAAAUGGUACCGUCACAGCUCCAAAUGCUUCCCCAUUAAACGAUGGUGCUGCUGCCAUUAUUUUAGUUUCUGAAAGAAAAUUAAAGGAAUUAAACUUAACACCAUUAGCUGUCAUUAAAGGUUGGGGUGAAGCUGCUCACCAACCAGCUGAUUUCACCUGGGCUCCAGCCUUAGCUGUUCCAAAGGCUGUUAAGCAUGCUAAUAUUUCUCUAGAUGACAUAGACUACUUUGAAUUCAAUGAAGCCUUCUCAGUGGUCGGUAUUGCUAACCCAAAGAUCUUAAAAUUAUCUCAAGACAAGAUCAACGUUUACGGUGGCGCCGUCGCUAUGGGCCAUCCUCUAGGCUGUUCUGGUGCCAGAGUCAUUGUUACAUUAUUAUCCGUUCUAAGACAAGAAGGUGGUAAAUUAGGUGUCGGUGCUAUCUGUAAUGGUGGUGGCGGCGCUUCUUCUGUUGUCAUCGAAAGAGUUUAA